CGUGCUUCUUGCGAUUAUUCGUUCCUAUAAGUCGUUCAGGAUGGACCGACGUUGUCUCUUAUUUUUAUAUCUUUAAAGUAUUAAAUAUGGUGGGGACUUCGAGCAAAUUUCAUCUAACGUUUGUGCUAUUAUUUAUUGUACUUAGUGUUGUUUUUUUCGAGUUUUCGUCGGUGAACGCAGAAGACAAUGAGGACUCGCCUGAGCUCAUUUUGCCGGAUGGAAUCUCUGACUCCGAGAACAGUCCCAAGUUUGUGGAGUCAGAUGACCAGAGCUCUGUCCUGAAGAGGCAGUUCAAGACAGCUGAGAUUGCAGAUGCUGUCCUGGGCACCGAUACUCCAAUUGAUCCGUCUGAUAUUGAAUCUUUAUAUCCCAAGAAUGUGAAAGACUUUCAGACUGGCUUCUCGCCUCCGUGUGAUGAGAAAGGUGAUCAUUGCGGUUCCUCGGACCUGAUGACUGGUUCACCAUCUGUGGAGGAGGAAGAGGAGCCUCAGCAGGUCACUCUUGAAAUGGUCCAUUCAAAUAUUACACCAUCUGAAGAGCACAACGUCACUGAAGCUGCUAAGACGUACAAAGUGAACUGUGAUAAGAGGAACAUGACAGGACUGCAGACUUUCACUGUGCAGGUCCUCAAUGCUUCACAGGACCUGAUGGAGUUCCUUAAUGCUAACAGCACAGAGUGUUCUGUGGUGCUGUUCUACACAGCCUGGUGCCAGUUCUCCGCCAACUUGGCUCCUCAUUUCAACGCUCUUCCUCGAGUUUUUCCUGGUAUUCAUUUCCUGGCUUUAGAUGCGUCACAGCACAGCAGCCUCUCCACAAGGUUUGGAACGGUAGCGGUUCCUAACAUCCUGUUAUUUCAAGGCGCCAAACCCAUGGCUCGCUUUAACCACACAGACAGAACGCUGGAGACGCUGACGUCGUUCAUCACCAACCAGACAGGGUUUGAAGCAAGUCCUGACAGAAACGUGACAGAAGAGGACCUGGAAGGCCCCCUACACAGCGUCCCUGUGAGGAGCAUCGACUGGCUGCUGGUCUUCUCCAUCCUCUUCAUCACUGGAUUCUCCGUUUAUGCCAUCCUGCGAGCAGACAGCAUCCGCUGGCUUAUACCUGGACAAGAGCACGAGCACCAGGAGUGAAGACGGGAUGAAAAAAAACAUGGUUUUAUUGAGAUUUGUAAUUUAAUUGAAAUUAAAUAAUUUGUUUCAAAAUAAAAGGUUGAGAAGUUGUAAUUUAAAUGAAAUAUUAGUAGAU